GGUGGGUAUAGACAGUUCAUUGGCUCUCGUGCGCGUCUGUGUGCAGGUCUGACAUGGGAUUGUUUGGGGAGCCGCGCACUGAGCGACCAUGUGGGCGUGUUUCUCUCGGCCCAACACUCUUCGCUCUUGUGUGGAGUCCAGAGCGCAAAACGCACUUCUUCUAGUGUGACCAGAGAGCGCAAAAGUAGCAGCUCUCCGACCCUGACGCGCAGCACCAUCUCCGGCUCCAGCGGCUCCCCAGAAUCAAAUUUCACCGAGCGGGGGCAUAAGAAAGAUAAGAGUUUCUUAACUUCUCUACUCUUCCAGCCAUGGACGCGUCUCGAGUAGUAACGCUAUAUCUGGGCCUUCUGCUUGUUUUCCUUGGGAAUAUACCGUGUUUCCAGUCUGCUGCUAUCAUCUCUCCGUCUGCACCGAGGAGGAACAGGGGAGCGAGGAUCCCUCAUCAGGACGGACAGAGGUCAUCCAAAUUCUUAAAGGACAUAUUUGCGUCUGCUCAUCCUAUCAUGGGCCACCACAAAGAAGACCCAAAGGACGCUAUUGUGCCGCAUGAAUACAUGCUCUCUAUAUACAGGACAUACUCGGCUGCAGAAAAGCUCGGACUAAACGCAAGCUUUUUCCGCUCCUCUAAAUCUGCCAACACCAUCACCAGUUUUGUGGACAGAGGAACAGACGAUCUUUUGCACUCUCCACUGCGAAGACAAAAGUAUCUGUUUGAUGUCUCAACCCUUUCAGACCAAGAGGAGCUGGUCGGGGCGGAAUUAAGGAUAUUCAGGAGAGCGCCCGGGGAUUUGCAGGCUUCUCUACAGACCACGGGCCUCUACGACAUCCAUGUCCACUCGUGCCGCUCGGACAGGCUACUGGACUCCAGGUCUCUGGACCCGCUGGACUCCACUAAGACAGGCUGGGAGGUUUUGGACGUGUGGGACAUGUUUAAAGCACAACAGCAUCCCUUUCACCACCCUCACCAUCAUCGCUACCAGCAGGGGAAGCAGCUCUGCUUCCAGCUCAGGGCCACUCUUGGCAAAUCGGACACCGAGGUGGAUCUGAGGCAGCUGGGGUUGGACAGGGGUGGCCGGUCCCAGCAGGAGAAGGCCAUCCUGGUGGUUUACACUCGCUCCAAGAAGAGGGAGAACCUGUUCAACGAGAUGAAGGAGAAGAUCAAGUCGCGGAGGUCGGUGAGCGAGAAGAAGGAGGAGGCGGCGAAGGCCGCAGAGGAGGAGGGGGUUCCGCUGAGGCGGGUCAAGGGCGACGGACCUCGGCGUCGUCGCAGGACGGCGCUGAGCAACCGACACGGGAAGAGGCACGGGAAGAAAUCGAAAUCCAGAUGCAGCAAAAAGGCGCUGCAUGUGAAUUUCAAAGAGCUGGGCUGGGACGACUGGAUCAUCGCGCCGCUGGAUUACGAGGCGUACCACUGCGAGGGGGUGUGCGACUUCCCCCUCAGGUCGCACCUCGAGCCGACCAACCACGCCAUCAUACAGACGCUCAUGAACUCCAUGGACCCCAACAGUACCCCGCCUAGCUGCUGCGUCCCCACCAAACUCAGCCCCAUCAGCAUCCUCUACAUAGACUCGGGCAAUAACGUGGUAUACAAACAGUACGAGGACAUGGUGGUGGAGCAGUGUGGGUGCAGGUAGCGGCCAUUAUUUAAAAAAAAAAAAACAAAACACUUUCAAAGACAGAAACAAAUCAAAAAAGUGUGUCUUGAUGGGUCCCAGGUUGAACAUAAGUCCUUAAAGGUCUGAAAUGCUUUUACGCAUGACGCGCCUUUGGAAAGGGAUGGCACGAGAGGCGAAUAUCUGCUAUUUAUUACAGUCACAUUAAUUUACACACUCUGCCUUUAAAGUGUUAACGUACAGAAUACACUCCCAUCCGUUGUCACUCAUCAAACAGACCUUUGUUUCCCAUCGUGAGACUCGUCCUUGUGGAUAACAGAGAUUGGGGAAAAUGGUGUGUGAUCUGACUGAAGGCGAGCGAAAUGCACGAGCAGGGAACCCCACUGAGUCAGAGUGUGCACCUGUUCGUGGCGAGGCCGCAGGACAGUGGGCUCUGUCCGCCUGGCAGAGCUUUUAGUCGCAGCUCUGCCGUGUGAUCCUGCGCCUGUCAGGCCGGAUUCUUCAGGGCCCGAGCAAGUGCCUGUUCUCCAAAUAUAUAAGCAAACAAGUUAAUAAAUAUUUUUUAAAAGUUAAGUAAUAUAAACUUAACGCGGGUGAAUGUCUAAUCUAUCACACACACACACACACACACACAGACACUGGGUUGACUUGUUUUGGCCUAAACCCGUUCAGAGGCGCAGAGCUGCGUCGUACUCCUUUGCGGCCAGAGAAGGACACAGAACCAGAUUCGUGCCUGCGUGUUGCUGAAGAAGUAAAGAGUGAAUGGAUGAAAGGAAAGAAGGAAGGAAGGAAGAAAGAGAAACGUCUGCAUCUUUACGAAAUGCACUUCCACAACUGACUGCGUCAAGGACACGCUGUCAGCGAGAGAGUUUGUUUGUCCUCUGAUGAAGAAACUAUUCAGAAAGAACGACAGACAGACUAACAAGCGAGACGAUAUUUAAAUGCACAUUAGCUUUGAAUGCACUGCUGUUCAUUAUUAUUUUUUUUCUUUUGAGCUGUAAAUAUUUGUACAGUGGAAAACUUUACAACGUGCAACGAAUGAAGAAAUGAGGAAAACGGCAUUUCUUUGUAAAUAUACAAAAUGCACUCAAAUCGGUAUAAUUUUUAUUCUAUAAUUAUUUUAUUAUUUGUGAUGUACAGAGUUCCGUGAUAAUCAUAUAUUUCUUACAUUGACAAGAGUAAUUUAAGGUGUAUUCGUUUUCUUUUAGUUGUUUGUUUUGCAGAGGGUGAAAAAUACCAUUAUUAAUGUCUACCUCAUAAAUGCAUAUAGGAUCUGAGUUUUGAGGUGCAUUCAGUUAGAGUGUUAAGAGCUUUUACAAUGAUAUAUAAGAUCAUUUAUAUACUUAUAUUACUGGAUACUACUCCACACCAUUACUGUACAAAUAAAAUUCGAAACAAAGUCAA